GAUUCUGGAUUUCCGUCGCGUCCCCCCGGUCUCCGGACGUUCCAUUAAUAUUUCACAAGAAAUUCUGGAGGUGACUGGAAACUCUGAUCUGGAGAGCGUCUUCUUCAUCUCACCAGCAAACAACGUGUGUUUUUUCUCCAAAUGUCUGUACACGUGUAAGACGGAGUACGCGGUGUGCGGGGGUCCCCACAUGGUAGAGGGCUCCCUCUCAGCCUUCCUGCCCUCAUUGGGCUCUGCCCCCCGACUCUCUGUCCCCAAUCCUUGGAUAAGAUCCUACACCUUCACAGGAAAAGAGGAGUGGGAGCUGAAUCCAUCUUUCUGUGACUCUGUGAAGCGGCUGCACCCAUACAGUAAUCCUCGGCGGCUCCUGCACAUAAUGGACUUGGCCAUAUUCGACUUCCUAAUAGGUGACUGGUGGUUUAUGGGUAGAUGCCGUGUCCAGUCCACAGGCCUGAUAACCAAAUAUUCCCAGUUACUAGAGGACGAGAGUCAGGAAUAG